ACAAAUUGCAAAAUACAAAUUCUCAUCAGAGGUCCAUCCUAUCUUGAUUGAAGAAAGCAAAGAUCAAUGGCUGAAAACAAGCGUCAUCGAAAGGUCCAAUCUCUAACCAAAUCGAAGCCGUUGAAGAAAACAAUCCAAAUCCUACUUCCAAUCUCCCUCCUUUCCAUGCUCUUCUCCUACUCUCCAUCACUCUUCCCUCCCUCUCUCUCAAAUUCCUUCAAUCUCUUCUUCUCUACAUUCAUUUCAAUUCUCUUCAACUCCUAUAUCAGUAGGGAGCUGGUGUUCCUCCUCUGCAAUUCUAUCCUAGUGUUCGUCACCAGGAGCGGAUUGGAUCCUGUCCGUUCAUCUUCGACCGGUCACCAUGAUGAAUUCGAUGAUGUUGUCCCAGUGAAAAUUGUUGUACCGUCGAAGGAAGAUGGUGCGAUCGUUGUGUUCGGCACAGACGGUUCAGAUCCUACCGGUUCUUCGUCGGCCCAUCUCCACGAUGAUCGAUUCAAGGUGCUUGAUGAGGACCAUAUUCGGGUGGGCCCCACAAUCAUCGAAUCGAGAGAUGUUGCACCAAUCAAGGAAGAUGGUGCAAUCGUUGUGAUCGUGGCCGGUGGCUCCGAUUCAAUCCAUCCUUCGAUACAUCUCCAUGAUGGACGGUUCAGGCAUGAUUUGGACUCUCUUCAGGUGGGCCCCACUUUCAGUAUGGGACCGUUGUUGGAUGAUGAUGCUGCAAAUGAAGAAGAAAAGAAUGGGCUUUUGGGUGUGGAGGGAUCAGAUCAAAGGUUUGACGAAUUUAUAAAGAAUACGAAGGAAAAGAUGAAGAAUGAAGCUCGACAGCUAAUCCUCAUGGUUUAGAGGUCAGAAUAAUCUCAACCGUUGAUUCCAUCAGGCCAAUCCUGAUGGCCCAGUCAAAUUGCCCAUAUGGUAAAAUCCUAACCAUUCAAUAGGUGGCCUGUGAAACUAAAUAUUUGUCAAAUAAGGCCGGAGAUUCUAUGAUUAGGAUCUUCCAAUCUGGGAGAUUUUAAUUGCAUGGGGCCCAUCACAUCAACGGUUUGGAUCACUAAAUCAUUAGCCCUUUUGUACAAAGUUAGGGUUGAGCAUUAUACUUUUUAGCCUUCUGUUUGUAAGUUCUUGUUGAAAUGAGCUCUAAAAAUGUGGGACGUCUUUUGUUUAUUUCUCUUGGUCUGGUGGUCGCCCCUCCACCGUUCAUCGGUGUUGAUCCACACCGUUCAAAAAUUGGGGCCCGCCGUGGGUGGGAUGGCGAAGAUCAUCCGACCAGUGAGAUGUUUGGGAUAUGUUAUGUGGCCCCACAUGUACGGAUGAGUUGUUACUAUUUUAAAAAUGGCAAUGAACUAUCACUGUGCGUGUAUUCUCGGUUCUAA